AUGACUACCUCGACCGCCUCUGGCUCUCGUCUUGCAGGAAAGGUAGCAAUAGUGACAGGCGGUGGUUCUGGAUUUGGUGAAGCCAUCUCUAAACGUUUCUCCGAUGAGGGUUGUAAAGUUAUCGUCGCCGAUAUGAAUCCCGAAGGCGGUGGCAGAGUUUCCCAACACAACAAGGACAACAUGCAUUUUGUGCAGAUGAAUGUCGCUAAGAGCAAUGACUGGGAGAGCUGCCUCAAACAAUGCAUUGGCAAGUGGGGGAGAGUGGAUGUGGUGGUCAAUAAUGCAGGAACGAGUUAUCCAAAUAAGCCGACGGCUGAAGUCACAGAAGACGAUUUCGAUAAGGUCUUCGCCGUGAAUGUAAAAAGCGUGUAUCAUUGCUCAGCCAUCGUCAUUCCAACACUCAUAAAACAAGGUAAUGGAGGUUCGAUUAUCAACAUUGCUUCAAUUGGAGCGACUCGACCACGCCCUGGACUCGUUUGGUAUAAUUCUAGCAAAGCCGCAGUCACAAAUGCAACUAAAGGUCUAGCAGCUGAGUACGGCAACAAGAAUAUUCGAGUCAAUUCUAUUUGUCCUCUUUUGAGCGCUACGGGCUUAUUUGAAACAUUCGUAGGCGUCCCGCCAACCGAAGAAAACUUCAAGAAGUUCUUGUUCAAUGUUCCACUGGGAAGACUUACAGAUCCUUUAGAUAUUGCAAACUAUUCUCUGUUUUUGGCAAGUGAGGAAGCGAAGUUUAUCACUGGUACUUGUCUCGAAAUUGACGGAGGACGAGGGAUUUGA